CAGAGUGCUCUGAAUCCCGCGAGCUCCUCCCCGUCGGCUUUCUCCUCCCCAAGCUCGCACCAGGCAACCACCCAAGCAACAGUCUCGCCGCCGUCCACCACCACCGCCUCACCGCCCCUCUCUCCGUGCUUUCUCCUUCCGCUCCACCUCGCCGUGCGGGCGAAGACAAAAGACGACCAAGAAACCAAGAAAGGCUUCUUGGGGACAGCCCUCCAAUGGAGCAGGGCGCCGGGAAGAAGCUCCGAAAGGAGAAGGCGUCCAAGUACGAUGUGAAGGUGUCCGCUCUGGAGCUUCCUGGCGCGCCGACUGGGUCCGGGGUGGCCGCGCUGCAGCUCCCGGGCGCGCCACCACCGCCGACCCAGCCCGAGGCCGACACGACGCGGCGGCUCCAUGGAGACGUCGCGCCAUCUCAGGCGACGGCGCUGCAUCUCGCAGGCGCGCCAGCCCAGCCGCCUCAGGCCGAGGUGUCUCCUCGCCGGCUUGCGAUCGUCCCCGCCCCCGCUCACGUGCCGCCUCAGGCCGACGCGUCCUGGCUCAGGAGCUUGCUGGAGGCCCUCCGACUCCGGUUUCUGGGGCCGGUUGUGGCGAGGAUCCUCGAGGCCUUUCAGGGCGCGUGGGCGUCCGUGCACGAGGCCUUUCAUCUGAAGAAGAAGAACAAGAAGCCUGUCCUCCCCGCUGUACGGCGUCAUACGGCAGUUUUGUUCACGAAGACGAAGAAGGAUGAUCGGCAGACGAAGAAGGAUGAUCGGCAGACAAACAAGGAUGAUCGUCAGACGAAGAAGGAUGUGCCAGUGAUUAUCGAUGGAGUGGCUGUCCCAGCUGCGAUUGAGGAGAGAUAUAAGAGGUACUGCAGAAUAGCUGGAUCCUGUCCGCCGACGACAACAGUGUGUCACCUUUGUAUUUUCGAGGAGGAGCUUCACCCAAACGGCAUUGUUCGCACCUCGGAGAUGAUCAAGCAUUGCAACAGGCAUAGUUCAGUAGCUGUUCGCUGCGGCAGGUUUGGCUGUGCUGCUAAGAUUCCUCCGGGCCUCGACCUGCGCUGGCACACUCAUUUUUGCCACGACCUGCCUGCUGAUUGGUGGCUACCAUAG